GUCUGUCCCCGAGGGUUUGGUGUGACGUGUAGCCGCCGCUGUGGAAGGAGCGGAGGGCCCGGGAAUUGGCGCUAAUCUCAGGCAGGAGCCGGGUUUUCGGCGCCCAGGAGAGGAGAUGCCAAAGAACAGCGGGAAGCAGCUGAAGCCGAAUCCGAACCCGAACCCGAGCCUCCGGGAGCGGCUGGAUGGAAACGAACUGGACCUGAGCUUGAGCGGCCUGAGUGAGGUCCCGACUCGGGAGCUGGCAGCCCUGCCCAAGGCCACCAUCCUGGAUCUGUCCUGUAAUUGUAUUGUCAUGUUGCCGCCAGAAUUCUGCAGCCUGAUUCACCUCAUCAAACUCGACCUCAGCAAGAAUAAAUUGCAGGAGCUUCCUUCAGAUUUCGGGCGUCUCCAUAACCUGCAGCAUUUGGACCUGUACAACAACAAACUGACUAACUUGCCUGUCAGUUUUGCUCAGCUCAAGAACUUGAAAUGGUUGGAUUUAAAAGGCAAUCCACUUGAUCCAUUGCUUGAGAAGGUGGCAGGUGACUGCCUGGAUGAGAAGCAGUGCAAACAGAGUGCAGCCAAUGUACUGCGGUAUAUGAAAACCAUUCAAUCUGAACAAGAUCGUGAGAAACAGCGGCGGCUGCAGGUUGAAAGGGAGUUGGAGAAAAGACGUGAAGCAGAAUUAAAGGCUAAAGAAGCAAGGGAACGAGAGCUGCGUAAACGAGAGAAAAUGGAGGAGAAGGAGAGGCGCAGGAAGGAGUAUGAUGCACAGAAAUUACAGAGAUUCAACGAGCCAAAGGAGGAGAAACCUACUGGUAUGUUGGAAAAACCAGUUUCUUCUGCCGGUCCGUCAGCUUCUCAAAAGGGACACUUAUUCCACCAAGUGCUGCUGAAGGUGCUGCUCUUUCUGCUGCUAUGCACAGUAAUCACUGUGGUGAUGUGCAGGAGAACAGAACUCCCACCUGAGCAGCUGUGUAGCGCUGUGAACCAUCUGUACGAAGACACACUUCAUGCACUUCGGGGAAACGAGGUUCUCCAGAGGAUUCUACGUAGCAUCCCAUUUCCAUGACCAAUCGCCAGUUGAAGAGUCAGUGAAAUUCCUAUGGAAUUGAUUAAUUUGUGUGUUCUUAUAUAGCACAUAAACCCUUAAAAGGGCGAGUAUGCCACUCACUUGCCCUACCUAAAUUCUACACAAUAAAAAUUAUUUUGCAUUCGCCA